UUCGGACACAGGAAGAUAAAUCUCAUCGACAGAAAUUGGCCCUAACACAAGUUCUCGGGGUUUCGAAGGGCCUAGCAUACCUGCAUUCCAGGGGGAUCAUUCAUGGCAACCUUAAUCCUAGGAAAAUUUUCGUCGAUUGUACUCCCGAGGGUCCUGUUGCUAGGAUUGGUGGCUUUGAUUUGGCUUAUUCUCUCAGGGAAACACCUAUCCUUCCCAGAGCAGAACAUAGGACGUCUAGGCUUAUACGUUAUACUCCACCCGAAUUGCUGAUCAGAGACGGAAUUGAAUGUGAUGUGGGUGGUGAUAUCUGGUCCUUCGCAUAUACUUCGAGGAGAACCUCCAUACAAGACUACUUGGGACGACUUGCUUGUCCCACGUGUAGCCAUGAAACAUGUUUCCCCAUACGAGUGGGCGGACUCAGAUGAUGUAGAGCGUGUUCUGAUGGGAUGUCUGGAUUAUGAACCCGGUAGACGACCUCCCAUUGACGAGGUUGAUGCACGACUAAAGCAAGCAGCUACCGGGGAACUUUCAUUCCCCAUUCACGCAGACAUAGAACGUGAACUUAUGCAGGAAGAUGAACGGAACCUCACCGGAAAAAUACAAUCGGAGCAACUACUAGCACUUGAAGGUCGAUUCUCGUAUCCGUACAAGGGGAUUUAUAAAGACAAGCCAGUCUGCAUCCAACAGAUCAAUCUCUUGGAUCCGCGAGCCCUGAGUGAUGCCAUGCGUGCCUUGAAGAGGCAGAUACGUUUAUGGCGUCGAUUGAUACAUGCCAACAUUGAGAGGCUCCACGGAUGGGUGCUAUCUGCAGGAACUGAACCAGUAAUCAGCUUUAUCUCCGCUUGGUAUGCUCACCGCAAUGUGAUGGAGUAUCUGCGCCAACACCCAGAUACAAAUCGUCGCAAGAUGGUGUAUGACAUUGCGCAGGGUCUUGGCUAUCUUCACUCGAAGGAGGUCGUACACGGAAACAUUAACCCGGAAAAUGUUGUAAUAGGGGAUGAAGGCAAUCCCCGCUUACGUGGAUUCCAGUUCUCAUACGAUCGUUUGGACCAAUUACUUCCCCCCGACAUCCAUAGUGGCCUCAGUCCCCGUUUUGUAUCACCCGAAUUCCUCAAUGGCCUCACAUUAAUCCCGGAUCAAGGAAGUGAUGUUUGGGCUUUCGGUUGUGUCACUGUAGAAAUACUCAUCGGUGAACCUCCUUAUUCCUACCUACCCGACGUUAGGGUUCCUGUCGUUGCCGCAAACCCCAGAAGGCCUUAUGAGUGGGGAGAUCUUGAUGAAUUUGAAAGCGCUAUUGCUAAAUGCCUGGCAUAUCCUCCGGAUAAUCGAAUAAGCAUUAACAACGUCGGUGAUAUUUUGGAGUGAGUCCCUACCAAAUAAUUAGAUAAUUUUCCAUUUACUCCCAUCAGAUCGUGGUUAGCAGCAGAAGUUACCUCUGAACCACCUGAUAUCUCCAACAACGUCAAUGAUCCC